AAAAAGGCGAGCAGCCGUUUGCGGUACAGGAUCACAGAAGUUUAAUCGUACUUGAUCGGAUUCGCGUAUCCAUAGAGUAACAGCACUGAAGUGCAGACGGAACGUCUGGAGCGAAUACGUCGCCGAGAUGAAAUACGUCAUUCUGUUGUUUUUCGUUGGAUUCGUUUUGCUGAUGUCUGAAGCACAUUUGAAUGGUCCGAGUGUAAAUUGCUUCAAUGACUACAAAACAACAAUGAUUUGUGACUUCACAUCUAAUAAGCCUCUCAACUGCAGUGGAUAUAGUCUAGACAUUUUGUCAGGACUUCAGGAGCAUUUCACAUGCGUGUUUGUGAACACCGAAAGAGACUCAAAUAAACUAUUCAAAUGUGGAUGCACAGUUGAAAUGCUAGAGUUUGUAAGUGGAGACAAAUACAGUGCAAGCCUGUUGAAAGAAGGGAAAGUUUUAAAUUCAAGGAAUAUAACCGCAUUAGACAAGAUCAAGCCCCAAGCUCCUGAGAUUUUAUCAGUGACGCAGACAGAUGAUGGAAACUUCAAAGUCACAUGGAGAACAAAUUAUUCUGAGAAUUCAGUCUUUGGUAAAAGUCUGAAAACUCAACUGAGGUACAAAAAGAAAGGAGAAGCAGAUGAGGUUGCCAGUAGUAACAAUUGUACUGGGACUUUCUGUAUAAUACCUGGCAGUGAACUGGAACCAAGCAGUGAAUAUGUCAUAAAAGCAAGAUCAUAUUCCACCAAGUAUGGAACUGAGUUCAGUGACUGGAGCAAUGACAUGGAGUGGAUUACCCCUGAAUCAACUGAAAGAGUGUUGAAAAUCAUCAUCCCCAUCCUCUUUGUGCUUCUUAUCAUCAGCAUCUGUGCUUUCUACUGGUGCUGCAAUAAACUCAAGGCCAAGUGGUGGGAUAGAAUUCCCAAUCCCUCAAAUGAUAUAAAAAAGAUGCUUCCAGGAAAUCCCAAGGUAUUUAUCCCUAAACAGUAUGAUCCAUCUUCCAAGAGCAUUGAUAUUCUGAGGAUUUCUGCAGCUGAGGAGAAGUUAUGGGAUACUCCUCUGAUAGAAGGAAGUGGCCAAGAUGAUCCAUAUAAUCCUGUCACCAGCUGCAUGUCAACAAAGGACAGUGGUAUCAGCUCAUUUGAUGACAGCCAGAAAUGCCUGAGUGAUUCCAAGGGUUCCUGCUGCUCCUCGGAGUCUGGUUAUAAAAGUGUACUUUACUCCAAGGUGUCUGUCGCUCCAUUCCACAUCUCUCAAGACAUACCCAAGAGUGAGAUCCCUUCAUGUCCAGCUCAACCCAAGCCCUGUUGUGACUCUUGCUGUGUCUCUUGCCGUGACUCCAGCAGCAAAGGUGAGAUAUGGAGCCCUCUUGAACACAUACAGAGAAAUCUUGAAGCCCUCCCUUUGUUCUCAAAGGCUCCCAUUACAGUCACAGAGCUUGAGUAUCAGCCAUGUGAUGGUGGAAAAACCAGCACUUCUCCAGCAGAGGGCAUCAGUCUGGCCUCCUCCUUCCAGAUGGACAUCCAGGACACAAUACUUCCAUCAAGAUUAUCAAAUACUUGUAGAGCUGAUGAUGGAUAUGAGAGCUUCAGUGAGACCAUCAGCAAAACGACCAUGGGACAGCAUGAUUUCCCAGCAUGCACCCUGAGCCCCAGUGAAGAGGGUUACCAGGCUCUUCAAAGCACAACAUGCAACAACACAAACUGGCUGUCUGUAGCAGAUGAUAAGGAGGCGCUGUCGGUGGAGGGUCGAGAGGAGUUCAGUGGGGACCAAUGGGAGGCCCCACAAUGCCCCAAAUGUCGAAUUCCUGACUCCAUCUCCUAUGCCACCCAGUUCAUGCAGAAGCUGAACCAGGAAAGUCCCUCUCACUCGGCUUUGACUGCUCCUUCCAUGAUUCAAACUUUCAUUGACAGUGCUUACCACAAAGUGUAA